AGCCACAACCAAGGAAAAUCUUCAAGAGUAAAAAACCUGCACGUGUAGCCGCUCUUCCUCAGUUUUAUCACUCGACGCUGUAUAAUUAUCAUUAUAUUUGACGUUUAUUGUAGGAGAGAAGACUGAGUGAUCCAGGGAAGGUUGUUGAGGUCACCAGGACACUUAAAGAUGGCGAAACGCGCGAGCAGACUUGCCAAAAAGGCCAAGAAAAAGGGCCUUUCGUUGGCCAAGGCCUCGAACAUUCGCAAGGCCAAAAUGGCCAAGCGUGGAAUACUCACAGAAGCGCAAGCGAAGAAGAGGAAAGAGGAGAGAAAGGCCAGAAGACAGGAGAAGAACGCUGAGAUAUGGGCCAAUAAGAAGAGGGCCAAUAGACGGAAGGAACUUUAUGCAUCGGAGAAAGAAAUUUACCCUCUCACUCGAGAAGUCUCAGGAGAGGAGAUGAUGGAUAUGAUGGACCCUGAAGAUCUCGACUACCUAGUCAAGACAGAAGGAAAGAAGAGGAAACACGAGGCAACAGAAGAUGGGCAAAGAGGCGACAGCAUCGAAUCAAUCGAGGAUGAGGAACGAAGCUUUGAUAAAGACAGUUAUAUGAAAAAUAUGAGAAAGCUUCUUCCUGUGAAGACUGAUAAAGGCAUUAUCUCACGAUACACAGAUAUGGAAGAAGUGACCGAAGAUGGAGAGGUCAUGGAGGAGGAUAAAACAGAACAUGAAACCAAGCUAAAAGUGAAAUCCACUGUGGAUUUUCUGGUUGAGCGACAACAGAAGCUGGAGGAGAAGAAAAUCAAGAUUGGGUGUCUGGCUGCCAAUUUCCUGGUUGAACCGGAGGAGAGGUUGUCUGGGCUGUCCAGUUUAGUGAACUUCAUGGACGAGUCUGACCCAGAUGUUGCAGUCACUGUCAAGAAGUACGCAGCUCUCAGCCUGCUGGAGGUCUUCCACAGCAUUAUCCCCUCAUAUUACAUCGUCGCCCACGACAUGGAGAGGAAAUUAAAGAAAGUAACAAAGAAGAUGUAUUUUUAUGAAAACCAAAUGUUAUCAGCCUACCAGCUCUACCUUAAAGGUCUGGAAGAUAUGUUGAAAUCAGAGAAGAGGAGAGAGAAGAUGAAGACAGGUGGUAAAAAUCCAGCAAUUAAGCAUAUGGUAAUGGUGGCACUUAAGUGUUUUGGGAGCUUACUGACGCAACACAGCCACUUCAACUUUACCAGCAACAUCAUCCGUGCUUUUGUGCCUUACCUCAACCACGUCGAUGAUGAAAUAUGCUCAUUGGUCACCAGUUACCUCGCCCAGCUCUUCAAGGCAGAUAAAGAUGGUCGCAUCUCUUUGGAAGUGGUGCAGCAGAUUGACAGGUACGUGCGAGGCCUGUCGUUCCGGGUGCGGCCUGAGGUGCUCAAGGUGUUGCUGGUGCUGAGGGUCAAGGAGGCCCAGAGUAUAGACGUCGAUAUAGAAGCCAACCUCACUGCCAAACGCAAACUAACCCAUACCGAGAAGCUUUUAAAAAAGCUUGCAGAGAAGAAUCGACCCAAGAAAUCCAUCAAGGAGGCUAAGAUUUUCCGUAAGAAGAGAAAGCUAGAGGAGAAGAUGAAGGGAAUACACAAAGAGAAGGAGACAAAAAUCCGCAAGACUCACCACACUAGCGUGAUUCAGUUGGUGUUUGGCUUGUUUAUCCAUGUGUUAAAGAGGCGAACCAAUAAUAAACUCAUGGGAGUCAUCCUGGAAGGUCUUGCAAAAUUUGCACACCUGAUCAACAUAGAAUUCUUUGCGGACUUACUCAAUGUUCUGGGAGAGCUGAUGGCUGAAGAUACCCUCAAGUUCCGUGAGUCUCUGCAUUGCAUCCAGGUGGUGUUUACCAUUCUCUCUGGUCAGGGAGAGGUGCUCACCCUUGACCCACACAGAUUCUACAAAUACUUGUAUGCCAACAUGUUCGAGUUGAGUGCAGGCACAAACCAUAAUGACGUCUUAUCUGCCCUGGAGUCUGUGAAACAAAUGCUGGUGGAGCGACACAAGCGAGUUAGUCUGGUGCGUGUUCAAGCCUUCAGUAAACGUAUUGCUUCACUCAGCCUCACCCUCCUCCACAGUGGCACCAUCGCCUCUCUCGCUGUUCUUCGUAGCAUUUUGCUGGUCCACCCCAGCACUGAGACCUUGCUAGAAACAGACUCGGAGGGAACAAGCGGUGUUUUCUCACCUGAGAUAGAAGAUCCAGAGCAUUGUAAUGCCUCUGCCUCCUCCUUAUGGGAACUUCAUUACCUGAUGCGACACUACCACAGCACCGUACGGCAGAUGUCCGAGCAUGUAGUGCGUGGAGCACCCCUCCAGGGUGACUAUACCUUGCCCUAUACUCUUACUAAGAGAUCAAUUGAGGAUCUCUUUGAGGAUUAUGAUCCAUCAGAAAUGCGCUUCAACCCCGCCAUUCCGACUCCAAGCCAACACUUGUCCAACAGAUUAAGCCAGAAGACCAGGAAGCACAUGAAUAGACUAAACAAUGAACACUGGAUCACAGACUACAUGACACAAGAGACCCGCGCCCUGGCAAGUUGCUCCACCAACAACCCCGGGACUACCACUGGAUGUCGUGCAGAGGUUUCAUCUCUGGAAAAUUUGGCCCCAGUCGCUGAAUUGAAUGAUGCCGAUUUUUAUAGCGGAAUGCUGUUAAAUAUGAACCUUGAUGAAAUUCCCACCAGGAAAAUUUCCGAUGAUGAAGUUUGUGAAGAUUUUACAAUAAGUCUCCUUAAGAGUGAAACCAGGAAGAAAUAAUUACUGGAUGUACUCUGUA